AAAAAAACGAAUUAAUAGAUUAUAUUUUAUCGAUGUCUUUUUAAUUUAGGUUCAUCACGAUUGGAAAUUCAACCGAUAACAAAAAAAGAAAUGGAAUCAGAAAUUGCAUCACUUCGUUCAAAAGAUAAUCGUCGAAGAGAUUAUUAUGAUGGAGAUUCAAGACCAAGACCACGAUCACGAUCACGUUCACGAUCACGUUCACCAAAAGAACGAGAUACACGUCGGUAUCCACCACGUGAUGAAACCAAUGGUGAUAAUACUGGAGGAGGAGGUGGUUCAUAUCUUCGACGACCACGUCAUAAUGAAGAAUUACCACCAACAAUAACAUGUCUUCGUUUACGUAAUAUCCCAUAUGCAACACGUGAUCAUGAUGUAAAAACAUUUUUUACUGGAAUUGAAGUAGCACAAGAUGGUAUUUUAUUUAAAUAUGAUAAAACAGGUCGACCAGCAGGUGAAUGUUAUGUACGUUUUGGUUCAAGUAAUGAUUGUCGAAAAGCUUAUGAAAAGAAUCGUUCACAAUUUGGUGGACGAAUAUUAGAAUUACGACCAUUAUCAUUAUGGGAAUUUCAAGCAGCUACAUCACAAGAACCUGAUGAAACAGGUGCAACUUUUUCAGCAAAUGGUGGUUUAGGUAGACGAGAACAAUUUGGCAACAACGGCGGCGGCGGUGGUGGUGGUGGUGGUGGACAAAUGUAUCAUGGAGGACCUAUGAGUGAAAAAAGAAAAUUUCCUUAUGAACGUAUGGAUGAUAAUGGAAAUAAUGAUGAUAAAUCACCAUCUGAUCCACAACGUUUUGAUAGAAGAAAAGGAGAUUCAUCAAGUCCACGCGGUGGUGGUGGUGAUGGUGAUAAAUCACCAUCGAAUAUGAUUGGAGGUGGUUCAAUGGAUGAUCAAAAUGGACGUAAAAUGAUGAGAGGAGGUGGUAAUAAUAAUAAUUCAUCAUUUAUACAAAAACAAUUAACACAAUUACCACCUGGUUAUGAUCAAUAUCGUGGACAAGUUUUAUUAAUGUCAAAUGUUCAUUUUCGUGCAACACGAGAAGAAAUUUUACAUUUCUUACAUUCAUUUCAUCCAAUUGAAGAUACAUUAAAAAUACAUCGAGAUAGUUCUGGUCGACCAACAGGACAUGCCGUUGUGGCUUUAACCAAUGCUGAUGAUGUACCACAAGCACUUAAAGAACUUCAUAAUUCAUUAUUUCUUCUAAGAAAAAUAUCCGUUUGUGUUGUUUGA